AUGCUGAGGAUAUUGGAGAGGGUCACUAGGCCUAAUUCUGGAUCUGGGGCCGAAGGAGUUGCCCCUAGUGUGGCUGAGUAUUGGUUGGAGGCCACUGAGAGGAUUAUGGAUGAUAUGGACUGUACGCUCGAGCAGAAAUCGAAAGGUGCAGUCUUCUUACUUCGCGAUGAGGCUUACCAGUGGUGGUUGACGGUUAAGGAUGGCACUCAGCCGAAUCGUUUGACUUGGGAAUUCUUUAAGACUAUAUUCCAAAGAAAGUAUGUGGGAGUUAGCUAUGUCGAUGCUCGCAGGAGUGAGUUUCUGAAUCUCACACAAGGUGAUCGAUCUGUAGCCGAGUAUGAGGGCAAAUUUUUGAGGUUGAGUCGCUAUGCUCGAGGCAUAGUGGUGUCCGAGUAUGAGAGGUGUGCUGGGUUUGAGGAUGGCCUAAGGGAUAAUCUGAGGGUUCUAAUUACUCCGCAAAGGGAGCGUAAGUUUUAUGUUCUGGUAGAGAAGGCAGAGAUCGCCGAGGAUGUUAAGCGCGCGAAGUGCCAGAAUAGAGAUAGGGAGAGAGACAUAUGGUCUACUCACUCUUACAUAGCUAGUACUGCAUCUGGAAACCUGGGGAUUACAGUUGAGAGCACUAUGAGUGAGGUCACUGUAUUGAGUCCGUUGGGGUAG